UCAUUCCCCUUCUGCCUCUUCUCCAAAGAAAGAAAGAAUGCAGGGGGUUAUUAAUGUAUUCUUUAAAAUGGUAAGCAAUUGGUUAAAAAAUCAUCAGCAUAUGCGAUUAUGGCCAAUUAGAACACAUUUCUUUACCCCGAGGCAGAAGGACAUCCCACCCUGCUUAGACUAUAUGAGUUAAGAGUCACAGCAAGACACUCCUCCUGGGUCUGCAGACGAUCCGGCAAACACAGGCGCAGGGACGGUUCCUCUCAUGCACAUUCAUGCCAGUUCCCGAUUGAGUUUUCACGAGUUUCCAAAAAUUCUGUCAUUGUUUUCUUUCUUAAAAGAGGACUGGUAACUCAAAACUCAGCGAUGGCACAAUCUCACACAAGUUACUCUACAACAAGAGAAGAAGUUACAUCUAAGUGGUCAGAUGUAAUGAAGAACAGUGUACAGAUUGCAACAGAACCCAAACAAACAUACCUGCUGAACACAGCCAAGAUACCAGAUGGAGCAGCCAGGAGAUACACGUUUGGAAGAAAGGACCCCAACAAAAGGAAGAGGACAAUCAUGAUGGUGGGAGAAAUAGGAACAGGGAAGUCUGCGCUCAUCAAUAUGAUGGUCAACUACAUGCUGGGUGUAAAGUGGGAAGACAAGAUCAGGUUUAAAAUCAUUCCAGAUGAAAGCAAAAUACCUCAAACUGAAUCUCAAGCCACUGUGGUUACUGCCUAUGAGAUUUUUGGGCUGGAGGAACUGUCUGUUCCUUUUUCCCUCACAGUCAUUGAUACGCCAGGUCUGGAUAAAGAUAAAAACAUUGCUCAGAAUCUGUACACAUUCUUGGAAUCUUUAAGAGAUGUUCAACAAAUAGAUGCAGUUUGCCUCAUAGUGAAGGCAUCUCAAUUUCGCCUAAGUCCCAGCCAGAAAUACAUCUUUGAUGCCAUUCUGUCUAUCUUCGGGAAGAACAUGGAGAAAAACUUCAUGAUUCUCAUCACCUUCUCAGACUGGAUGCCACCUCUAGCUCUUCAGCUAGUUUCUGAGUCUGGUGUACCUUUCCUCAAAGAUGAAAAUAAUGACCCUGUUCACUUCCUGUUCAACAACCUUCCUCUUCAGACGUUUGCUAAGGAAUACGAAGAAACAUAUAAAAAAGCCUGGGAUAAUGGAGCAGAGAGCUUCAGAGAGUUUUUUCAGGCUUUAGAUAAAUUGGAACCGCAAAGCUUGAAGAUGACCAAAAAGGUCUUGAGGAAACGUUGUCACCUGGAAGAGGAAAUCUGGAACUUGGAGAGUCAGAUUAAAGUGGAGGAGGAGAAGCACAAGGCACUUGAGGAGCUGCAGAAAAGACUGGAAGAGCACAAAGAGGACAUGAUAAGUAACACCUAUCAGAAUAAAUGCGCAGCUGAGCAACAUGCAACGUCUGAGGCAAACCGCCACUCUCCAUGGUGUUCCUGUAUAUACUCAAUCUGGGGUUUUAUAACAAGUCUGGUAAUUGCUACAUAUAGGAGAAUUGGAGGAUUAAUGGGCAAUCAAUAUGUAGACUUUCCCGAAACCAACAACUCCGAGGGCCACCAAGAAAAAGAAGACGAGCCACAAUAUGAAGAAAGAAUAAGAGCAUAUGAGGACCAGAAAAGACUUAAAGAGCUGAUGGAGAGUUGUUACCGGUCCGUUCUCGAGCUUGAACAGCUUGCUCUGAAGUUUGAUUCAGGUUCUACUCCUCAGAGCGUUCUCAGGCUGAUAGAAAUGCUGAGGGAGAACAAAGACAUGGAGAAGGCGGAAACGCUGCAGAUGAUGCUGAAGACUGUGUGAGGAGAUUAACACACACGGAGAGCACGCAGGUUCAGUGAAGCCUCUGUAGUUCUAUGCGUUAAGUUUUCUGCAGACAGUAGUACCUGACACAUCCACGCCUGCCUCCUGGGCGUUUCUGAUCUGUCAGAAAAGUGUUUCUGUAUUAGGGUGAGAAUUUAACAGUGUAACAAAGCAAUUGAAGACACCUGACUAAUUAGAAACCUGAGGAAACCAUUUGUUCCGAACGUUAUGGUUCCUUGAAAUAGGGGGCAGGGUUGGGGGGGGGGGUCAUAUAUAAAAAGUAAUGUUAUUUCUGCAUGGUGAUACCAACAUGUACUAAAAUACCCUUUAAUAAAAGUUGAGAACUAUGCUUUAACCACUUUUGCAUUGUUGAGUGUAAAUAUAAAAUUGUGGAGUACAAAGCCAAAUCAAGAAAAAUUGUCUUUGUCCCAAACAUUAUGGAGCUUGCUGUAUAUAUGCUUUAGCUAUUGACAAAGACUAUUAUUUGUUCAAUGAAAAUAGUUAAGAAUACAAGCAAUCAUUUACUUAAAUGCCUUUGUUUCUCAGCUAUUUACGGUUUGAUUUUCUAAGUGUUGUGUAUUGCUGAACUUGUGCGAUAUGUGAAUACCUUUCUAUCUGGAUAACAUUUGACAACCCAACUAAUGGACUAUGUUUAAACAACCUGCAUGUCCAUGUGAAAUAAGUUAGCCAAUGAGGAGUAUCAAAGUGAAUCUAAUUGUAAAAAGUAGAAGUGGAAACAAGGGUUUUGGGUUCCAUCUUGGUCACCCUCCUUUGGUAAAAUCUCACUGAUUCCAUCCUUUAUGAAGCUCUUCCCAUCUUCACUGUAGAUGUAACAUCCCUCUCGUUCUGACUGAUGUUCCAGUUAGAUCAGGGCUCCUACAGGAAGCACUGAACUUCACUAUCUGCUGAAACGGCAAAAUUCACUGUGGUGUGAUGUUUUGCGUCCUGUGAAACCUGCACGUUUGUGGAGGCCAAUGUAUUAAAAGUUUAAUGUUUUAUGAGUGCUUUAAUGAAUUAGGGCAAGGCUUGAAUUAAAAUGAUGUUUGUUAAAUAAAAGUUUAUCUGUUGUCUUGUAGCCAACUUUACAGCCACUAGCUAUAUACUGGCAUCUAAAAGCUUGUGUUUUUACCACUGGCAAAUUAUAGAACUAUAAUAUAAAUGUAAUAAAUUCUUGUUUUUUUGUGCUAAUCAGCACAGCAUGGA